AUGGUUUUCUCCCCUCUUCCAGCGCAACUAGUUGUCAAACCCGGCUUCGCAAGGGAGAGGUUCGAAUCUACGGGUGUUGUUCUCGUCCCUGGUCUUUUGCAACACGACGAGAUUGAGAAGAUCAAAAAGACAUUUACAGAGCACGUUGAACAUUAUACAGACCUGAACUUUGAUGACCACAUUGAGAAGGAUGACAUUCUCUCCCGGUAUCCUCGGUUUGUUCAUCCUCAUCGACAUCCAGAGACUGCGCCUGGAGAGAUCGCAAGACGUAUGAUCAUCGACAAGCGGAUCCUUCAAAUCGUCAAGGAGCUCUUUGAUGGAGGGGAAGCAUAUGGCGCUCAAUCCAUGUUUUACUUUAAACCUCCGACGGCUAGGGGACAGGCGAUGCACCAGGAUAAUCGAUCCCUUCAAGCUCAUCCAGAGACAUGUCUAGCCUGUUGGAUAGCGAUAGAUGAUGCAGAUGGAGAGAACGGCGGGUUGCUAGUCAUUCCAGGGACUCAUCGAUCAGAGAUCCUAUGCCACGAUGAGGAUGCUCCCGCAGAUACCUUUGACAGGCGACAGAUCAAAUUACCGCCAGGUUUGACACCCAUUCAAACCGAGCUAAGAGCCGGAGAUGCCCUGUUCUUCAACGGCAGUCUAGUCCAUGGUUCCAGAGGGAACACGACAACCGACAGGUUCAGGAGGGCCUUGAUAUUUCACUAUGUACCUCAGACCGCCACACAGAUCAAACCUUUCUACCAUCCUCUCAUGACUCCCGAUGGGAAGGAAGUAACCAUCGAAGAAUCUCCAGAGGGCGGACCAUGCGGAGGUCCAUGA